UCGAAACCGACGUACCAAGUCUUUGGCCAAAUGGGGUUGUGUAUUAUGUUUUUGAGGAGAGUGAGGUUGACGAAUACCAUCGGAAUUUAGUGAGAGCAGCUCUUCGUACCAUGGAACAGUACUCUUGCGUCAGGUUCAAGGAAAGCUCAGCGCAUGGACCUCAUCUGCGCGUCAGAAAUAUCGGCGAAGGGUGUGCCUCGGUCAUUGGUUAUCAGAGGGAUGAACAAAGCCAGGACUUAUACCUAAGUGGUGAAGCAUGUUACACUCAAGGAUCCAUCCAACACGAGUUCCUCCACUCUCUCGGAUUUGGCCACGAACACACCCGCCCUGACAGAGACUCAUAUGUCAAUAUUCAAUGGUCGAAUAUCGUCCCAGGGGCCGAAAUCAAUUUCACGAAACGGAGGGUUCGCUGGGUGACGGAUCUGCUCCCUUACGACUAUCAGAGCGUGAUGCAUUAUCGGCCAGACGCCUUCAAGAGAGACAUCUCGAGUCUGACAGUCGUCCCACGUCAACCUGGUGCCAUCGCGCUCAUCGGUCAAAGGAUUCAGCUCAGCAGACUGGAUGUGGAAAAACUCAAUUUGCUCUACGGUUGCUAUAAAAAAGCCGCGAUUCCGCAAAUAUCCUAGGCUAAAAAACCAAGCUCGUGAACCGCUUCCUUUUCCUGUAUUCCACACCCAAGUAGUACAGAUUGCAAUAAAUUGCAAUUAUAUGUGGUAAAAUUAUCGCUACUGCAUCGGAGUGGUGUGUGUGUUGCCUAUCUACUAAUUGAAGGCAAACGGCUUAUUGAAAUUUCUUGCAAAAAAUUGAAAUAGGUUGCAAUGUUUCAUUGCACUGCACAUUGCCUAUCUUGCUGACACGCGGAACUCAAUUUGUUGAUUGUUGAGAAUCGGCAUAUUUUAAUCAAAUUACGUAAAAAUAUUGAAACAUGGUUCAAAAAAAGAAAAAAAAAUGUAUUUUAAUAUUUUCAUUGCACUGUGCUACUUGAACAGCCGUGUCGUGGAAAAAUGUAUGAAUCAGGGAAGAAAAAAAAGAAAUUUAUCGAAGAAAACUCGAAAAUUAUAUAUCGCACGUAUUGAGCCGGGAUAAAAUAACUAAAAAAUUAAAAACCACUAAAAUGAAUUUUCGUAAUCUGAACCUUAGAGUAGUUAUAAAUAUAUAUUUUCACAUAAGGAAAGCGAAUUUUUACUCAAGAGAAUCUGAGAAUCGAAAGAAAAUAUGUGGUGAGUCAUAUUAAGAGUCGUUCGAUUCGUACAAACUUAAUAUUUUGCACAAAGAGUGUCACCAAAAAAAAGAAUUUAUCAGCAUUUUUUAGCUUAUUGGCAAUGAAUAUUUCAUUCAAUGGUACCAUGUUUUUACUCGUAAACUGUUGUUAUAGUGCAAGGAA